AUGGAGAGUGUCGACUCUCCAGCAACGCAUGCAUCAGGAGCAGGAAAGGCGACACUAGCAGAGCCAGGAAGGACGCGAGACUCGACGUCUCCCACGAGCAGCAGACAGAGCAGCGCCGAAAGCGGCUUGCCGAAGAAGGGCAGAGAUGCACCGAGUGCUCGUGCGACUCCGUGGGUUUCCCCCGCCGUCUCAGUCGCUGCAGAAGCAGAAGCAGAGGCAGCAGCAGUAGCAGCAGCAGGAGCGAAGGAGGGGCUGCUAGGGGUAUCCCUGGCGCUGCCGCCUUCGCGAUCACAUAAUCCGCAGGAAGCCGGCAGGUUCAUAAGCGAGCAGCAACAAGAACAACAACAGCGGCUUCAGCAACAGCAGCAGCAACAACAGCGGCUCCAGCAACAGCAGCAAGAGGAGGAAGAGCGGCGACAGCAGCAGCAGCAGCAGCAGACUCGGCUGCUGCAGCAGCAACUGCAGCAACAGAGGCAGCAGCAACUGCAGCAACAGAGGCAGCAGCAACAGAGGCAGCAGAAGGCCUUUGAGUCGAUCUCGCAGCAGCAGCUGCAGCAACAACAGCUGCAGCAGCUACAGCAGCAGCAGCUGCAGCAACAACAGCUGCAGCAGCUACAGCAGCAGCAGCUGCGCCUAAGAGACCGUAGGACCCCCGCAAGCGCCGGUGCAGACUCGAGGAUGCUUCCCGUAGCAGCAGCAGCAGCAGCAGCAGAUGAAGCGGCAGACAAACCCCAGCAGACGACCUGCAGCACCCGAGAAGCACGUGUGGCAUCGCCACUCGCACGAUGUCAGACGAUACCCUCCCGCAAUCGCAGAAAAAGCAGCAAAAAGCGAGGCGUGACCUUCUGGGAUCUAGUGGCAUUCGUGAAGGAUGAAAUAUCCAGUCGACGCCUCCACCCCGCAGAAGCAGCAGCUGCUGCUGUUGCUGCUGCCCACGCGAACGCUGUCUCUACAGGGGCGUUAGAGCGAUCUGCUGCGGCCCUUGCCGCAGCAGAUCGCGCGGCUGUAGUGAAGCAUUUCUCAUGUCUGACAGAUCAUCCUGCAGCCACUACGGCUCAAGGGGGCCCCCUUAAGGCCCCUUUGGAGGGCCCCUGCCUCGACGGGGAUUCGCGCCAUCUACCAGAUUUCGGCACCAGAUCAUUCUGCUGCUGCCAAGCCUUCCCAUGGCUCGACGCUACCAGGGCGCCGUACAGCUUCUCAGGACCAGUGCAAGGAACUAAGAAAGCGAAAGCGGGAAAGUGGGGGAACGGCGAUCCCCGAGACUCAGCUGAGCAGUCUUCUGCACGUGCCCUACAAACUGGAGUGUGUUGUAUACUUUGGCACGUUUCUUUGCCUCGACGCUCUCCUUUACGAAGUCACGAUGAUGCCGCUGCAGGCGGUUAA